CCACUGUCAGUCUGCAGCUGCUGGAGGCCAUGGGACGUGACAUCGUGGUGCUGGUGGGCUUGCUGCUCGGGCUGGUGCUGUGUGAACUGGGCAGCCUGGCGAGCGCCGAGCCCCGGGCCCCGCCAGACAGGAUCGCAAUCGUUGGUGCUGGAAUUGGUGGCACUUCCUCAGCCUAUUACCUUCGGAAGAAAUUUGGAAAGGAUGUGAAGAUUGACGUAUUUGAAAGAGAAGAGGUCGGGGGCCGUUUGGCCACUUUGAAGGUGCAAGGUCAUGACUAUGAGUCAGGGGGCUCUGUCAUCCAUCCUCUAAAUUUGCACAUGAAGCGUUUUGUCAAAGAGCUGGGUCUUUCCAGUGUUCCAACUUCAGGUGGCUUAAUGGGAGUGUACAAUGGAAAGUCUUUAGUGUUUGAGGAGAGCAGCUGGUUUAUAAUCAACAUGAUUAAGCUGGUGUGGCACUAUGGAUUUCAGUCCCUGAGAAUGCACAUGUGGGUAGAAGACUUGUUGGACAAGUUCAUGAGGAUCUAUCGUUAUCAGUCCCAUGACUAUGCCUUCAGCAGUGUAGAAAAGUUAAUGCUCGCUAUUGGAGGGGAUGACUAUGUCCGACUACUUAACCAAACACUCCGUGAAAACCUGCAGAAAGCAGGCUUCUCUGAGACAUUCCUCAACGAAAUGAUUGCUCCUAUCAUGAGGAUCAAUUUUGGUCAAAGCACUGACCUCAAUGCCUUUGUGGGGGCAGUGUCAAUGACAGCUGCUGAUUCCAACCUUUGGGCGGUGGAAGGUGGCAAUAAAGUUGUUUGCUCAGGGCUCCUUCAGGCCUCCAGCAGCAACCUUAUAAGUGGCUCUGUAGUAUCCAUAGAGGAGAAGACAAGGACAAAGCAGACAGGAAAUCCCACAAAGAUGUAUGAAGUGGUUUAUAAAACAGGAUCUGAGACCCAUUCUGAGUUCUAUGAUAUUGUCCUUGUGGCUGCUCCAUUGAACCGAAAGAUGUCUGGCAUAACUUUCCUCAAUUUUGAUCCGCCCAUCGAGGAAUUCAAUGACCCAUAUCAACACCUGGUGACAACUUUCAUUAAAGGAGAACUCAAUUCCACUCUCUUCAGCUCCAGACCUAAGGACCAAUUUGGCCUCUCCACAAUUCUUGUCACUGAUGACUCAGAUAUGUUUAUUAAUAGCCUGUCCAUUGUAGCCUCUGUAAAAGAGAAAGAGGGUCCUGCACGGGCAAUGGGGGGCAUUCAAGUGUGGAGGACCUUCUCUAGGGACAUUCUCACUAAAGAGCAGAUUUCAAAGCUCUUCCUGUCUUAUGAUUAUGCUGCACGGAAGUCAUGGCUGUCCUAUCCGUACUAUGAGCCUCCUCAGAAGUGUCCCUCCAUCAUCCUCCAUGACCGACUCUAUUACCUCAAUGGCAUUGAGUUUGCUGCCAGCUGCAUGGAGAUGAGUGCCAUUGCUGGCUACAAUGCAGCUCUCCUUGCCUACCACCGCUGGAACGGCAAUGAGGACAUGAUUGACCAGGACAACCUGUAUGAGAAACUUAAAACGGAACUGUAACUGAGCACUGACCCUCCCCAGAGCAUCCUGCUCUUGAAGAACUCAAUCAGCAGAGAUGAUUUUGAAUCUUUACCAGCACUCUUCAUCUGGGCCAUGAGAAAACAUAGUGUUCCUGUUUACUGGAGAACAUGAUCUUCAUCCAGAAUGUCUUCACUCUUCCGUUUUGCAGGGAAGUAUAGGACUGAAUAGGAGGAUUGAACCUAAGGCCCUGUGCAUGCUAGGCAGACACUCUAUUACUGAACAGUGCUACAUCCAGCCCUCUUUAUGGUUUUUCUUUUGAUCCUGGGUCUCACUAAGUUGUUCAAGAGGGGUCCUCCUGCCUCAGCCUCCUGAGUACUACCUGGCUUUUAACUGUGUAUGGGACAAUGGCAGAGUUUCCCAGACUUGAAGGGCUUUGUUUUUAAUCUUUUUAUUUCUGUUCGUUUGCUUUGUUUUUUUGAGACAGGGUUUCUCUGUGUUAACAGUCCUGGCUGUGGCUGUCCUGGAAUUGGCUGUGUAGACCAGGCUGGCCUUGUACUCACAGAUCCAUCUGCCUCUGCCUUCCAAGUGCUAGGAUUAAAGGAGUGUGCCACCACCGACUGGUGUUUAAAGAGUCACCUGGAACUUGAUAAAUAUCUGGAUUUGAAUUCAAUGGGCUGGAUGUAGGUGGCCUGAAUUUUCUUCAAAUUGUAGAACAAUUUUUUUUUCUCUUUCUAUUUUUUUCUCCUUUGUGGGAGGGUAUUGAAACUGUCUUACUCUGCACCCCAGGCUGGGACUCAUUAUGUAGCCCAGGCUCUUCUUUGAAUUACAGAAAUCCUCCUGCCUCCCAUGUGCAGGAAUACAGACCAGGCAAUUUACCUUUUUUUUUUUUUUUUUUUUUUUUUUUUAAUGUAAAUGUGCUCAAGCCUGAAGUCAUGACUUUAAGAAUGUGAUUUUUUGAUUGCUUUUGUCUUGGAUAGAUUCAGACAUAGAGAUAUCCUGUUAAGUGGGAACAGGAUAUAGACUAUUAAAUCAAGAAAUUGACACUGUAAUACGAGACCCUCAUAUAAGGAGGUCUGUGAUUUUCUACUUGUGCUAGGGAUUGAACCCAAGACCCUGAGUAUCCCAGGCAAGGACAAGUGCUCUUUCACCGAGAUACAUCCCUAGCCCCAAGAACUUCAGGGCCUCACAUCUAGAGAUUGGGAUUUCCUGGGUUGAAGAUGGGCUCUUGGCACUGUACCUUUGUAAAUCAAGUUCCUAGCCUGUAGCCAAAGGUGAGCAAAUCCUGGAUGUGGUGUGAAAUCUUAGAUGAAGAGCUUUGAGUGCCUUAAAAGUGCUAAGAAACACAAACCAAGACCUCAACAGACCCCAGCCAGAGGUGACUGCUCAGUAGACUCUCUGCAGUGGUCUUCAUGUGGACUAGCACUGCCGCAGAGGCAGCUUGGGUGACCCCAGAGCAGCUGGCCUUAGAACUGGGUCUUCAGAGGGAAUCACUCAGAUGCUGAACAUUCCAGGUGAGAGGCCUGAAAUCUUAAGACAGUGAGGGCCUUUCAGCUAUGGUUGCCUGUGGGAAUCCAGGCUUCUGGUGUAGUCAAAUUCAAGAAAUCUAGCUUUUUGUCCACUGCUCAAGGGCACCAGUGACUAAUAUUAAGAGGAAACAAAGUAAUUUUGCCUGUCUUGGUGGUACAUGCCUGUAAUCUCAGUACUUUUAUGGCAGAAGCAAGAGGCUCAAGAGUUCAAGGCCAGUCUGGGCUACACCCUGUCUCAAGGAACAAAAACCAACUCUCUUCACUGGAUUAUAGCACUGCAUUAGCAAAGUGUUCUAAGAAAAUAUUGAUUCUUAAAAAUUAUUUUUCCCCCCCUGGGGGCUAGAGGAUGGCUCAGAGGUUAAGAGCACUGACUGCUCUUCCUUAGGUCCUGAGUUCAAUUCCCAGCAACCACAUGGUGGUUCACAACCAUCUGUAAUGAGAUCUGGUUACUUCUUCUGGCCUGCAGGCAUACAUGCAGGCAGAACACUGUAUACAUAAUAAAUAAAUAAAUCUUUAAAAAAAUUGUACAGCUGUAGGUAUUAAUAAUGUGUAGAGAAAGCAGCCAUGAUAUAUUUGGUAUGAGGAAUUAAACUCAUAGUUUAUCAAAAGGUUGGCAUUUUUCCUGAUAUGUUCAGAGACAUUUGUAUUUUUUCCUGUUGUGGUUUUAAUGAACAUAGUUUGUCAAGAAUAUAAGAACACUGUUGUGGAUUUGGUACAGUGGCUCCUCAUCUGAGGAGUGUUUCAUGACUCCCAGUGGGCAACUGGAGCUAGGAAGCAGUGAGCCCCAUAUGUUUUAUUUUCCACAGGUAUAAUAUACUUGUGAUAAAGUUUUAAUUUAUAAAUUUGGCACAGUAAAAGAUUAACAACAUUAAUUGUAAGAUAGAAAAAAAAAUGUAACAAUUUACCAUGAUGGAAAUCAAUUAAAACUUAGAACUUA